AUGUCAUCUAAUAGGUCAAAAAAGAUAAUAGAACUUGUUCAGGUACGCGAUAAAGAACACGAAUCGGUGCAAUCAAUGGAAGUACAGAUGUUAGCUGAUAUAACAAACAAGCCCGAAAAUCAGCGUUAUUCAAACUUACAGGUAUAUUUUAAAGGUUCGGAAUCAGCUUCAAUCAACAAUGAAAAUCCCAUUCAUAAUACGACAAUCGUCCACGAUUGCACUGAUGAAAAACAUUCAAAAUCGGAAAAUAGCGAUAUCGAUUUAAGUGAUCAAGACCCAACAUACAAAGUUCCGUCUAAAAAUAAAAGGAAAAUACCAGUAUAUCUAAGUCAAUCAAAAUCCCCUGGAAGUUCCUCGUCUUCUAAGUCUUCUUCAUCUUCACCAUCUUCCAGAUCUUCCAGUGAUAGUUCCGAUACAGACUCUAGUGAUGAACAGAACGAAACACAAAAUAACAUAGUUCAGGUAACCGCAGAAAAACAAUCAGAGCAAAUAAACAUUAAUGAACCUGCAACAAAAGAAGUUUCGCAAAAUCAAGAUAUUGGAGAAAAUACUACACCACAAGAAGAAAAGAAAAAGGGAAGGAAACGUAAACGGAAUGAAGAAAGCUGGAAACAGAAUGAAGCUAAAACUCUAAGAAAUGCUGGAAAACGAUACAUUAGUAAGAAAAAUAAAGUAAUCAAACCUCGUUCUGUUCAACCACCCUGUGGUAAUCAAUGUAGGCUCAAAUGCUGUGAAAAGAUAACUGUAGAUCAAAGACAGACAAUUUUUGAUGUGUAUUGGAAUCUCGGCCAGGUUGAUGCUCAAAGAUCGUUUAUUAUGUCUUGUAUAACCAAUAUCUCUCCAAGAUAUAAAUACACAAAUGCUCGUAAUCCAAGAAAUUGCAAUCAGGCAUUCCAUUUUCCAGUAGAAGGGCAAUCGGUACGAGUCUGUAAAACGUUUUUUCUGAAAACCUUGGAUAUUUCUGAUCGUGCUAUACGUACUGUCAAGAGCAAAAUAGACGAACAUGGAAUUCUAGCACAAGAUCUGAGAGGACACCACAGCAACCAUGUAAGGGUUGAUGAAGAACUACUAAAUGAUAUCAAACAGUUCAUAGACGCAAUACCAAGAAUUGAAUCCCAUUAUAUUAGGCAAUAUUCUACUCGUGAAUACAUUGAUGGUGGAAAAACAAUUUCAGAUCUAUUCAGGGACUUUAAAGAAAAUCAAAAUAAAAAUAACAAAGCAGCUGGUAAAUAUUGCACAUUUUAUAAAGUAUUUACACAAGAUUAUAAUAUUUCAUUUUUUCGUCCCAGAAAAGAUCAAUGUGAUUUGUGUAUGCAAUACAAGAAUUCGACGCCAGAACAAAAAGUGUUGCUUAAAGAAUCGUACGAUACCCAUUUAGAAGAAAAAACAUUAAGCCGUCAAGAAAAACAUGAUGAUCGCUGCAAAAUAGACGAUAAAAAUAAAGUUCUUGUAUUUGAUCUGCAAGCUGUUCUGCAAUCUCCUAGAGGAACAACCUCAGGAUUUUAUUACAAAUCAAAAUUAAAUAGUUACAAUUUCACAAUUACUAUGUUAAACAAAAAAGUUGANGGUCAUACACAAAACGAAGGUGAUAAUAUUCAUAGCCUUAUAGAAAAGGAGAUUACAAAAAAUCUAAAAUCUGGUCCAAUAUAUUCCCCUCACCAAUAUGUAGCCAUAAUUAAAAACGCAAAGAAGUCUGGCAAGAAAUUUUUAGUACAUGAACUGACAUUUGAGUCGUUUUUAGACUUAAAAAAACUGCAAGAAGAUUGGGGUUUUAAUUUUAAUAAAACUAAAGACUGGAAAACGGUUUCAUGGAAUGAAUUAAAAGUGAUAAAAGUGAGCAAAGAUACACCUUUUUCAUUUUUCGUUAAAACCUCAUAUAGAGAUAGUGAAUACCAGGAAGUGAGGAUCAGAAACACAAGGAAAAAAAUGCUUCCUCUGAGUGAAAUAGUAUCAACUAAAUAUGUCUACAUAAGUAAGCAAGAACUAAGUGAGAAUAAAAAGAAAGAUCUAAGAGAGCUAUUAUCAAAAAAAUUGAUCCCAAAUUUUUAUUCGGAUUUUUAUAACUCUAUUAUUUAA